UCCGCUUCACCUCCCUACAUUACGUUGCGCUCAGAGAUAGCCUGAUAGAUUUAGCCAUCACCGAGUUUUUGUUGCUCGUGUUAUUGUGGCCCUGUACUACGGUUAAAGUGUUCAAUAAUUAUGGGCAAGAAAACACGGACGGGAAUAGGGCGUAGGACUAUUUUACGGCUUUCACCGACAGGACCUCGCAGUAUCACCGCAGUGGGAACCAAUUCACGGGAACAAGGAACAGGUUCAGGAAUUGAAGAUGACCAAGAGGGGGGUGGAGAAGGGUGUGCUUGCCAAGAUGCUAAUGUGGACACAAGGACCCCUGCUGUCAAAGCUACAGAGGGCUUGUCCCUGCUAGGAGCCUAUGAAGACAGCGAUGAAGAAGAGGAAUUGGUGUCCCAGCUACCUCCUGCAAAGACCAAAUUAAACCAGCCUGCCGACAUUGAUAGCACGCUUGCCAACUUUAUGGCUGAAAUUGAUGCCAUCACCACACAACCCACCCAGUCAAUGGAGAAGCCUGCAGCAGAGCCUGUGGCCCCAGCACAAGCCCAGACCACGGCCCCGGCCCCUGGCCCGAGCACAACCCCACCCCAUAUGGAUCCCAAAGACCAGCCCCACACCCCUGCCCAAAAUGGACAGCAGGGAAUUGGUGCUGGGGUUGAGUUCCAGUAUGAUACUCAGUACUCCUUAGCUGGGGUGGGGGUGGAGAUGGGAGACUGGCAGGAAGUGUGGGAUGAGAACACUGGCUGUUACUACUAUUGGAACACACAGACCAAUGAGGUUGCCUGGCAGCUGCCUCACUAUCUGGCCCACCAGGUGUUGGGCUUGCAGCAGUACAUAGACAGUUCGGGUUUGCCAAUUAAUGGCAGCACCACACAUCAGGGCUCUACAGUUUACCCUGAGCAGAGUCCUGUUGUUUCUGUUACUGCACCUAUACCGAAGAGUGAGGGGAAAAAGCAGGAGGUGAUGGAAAGUGUUGUAGCCCUGACCUGUGAGAAGGAAGAGGAGAGAGGUGUGGCUGCCUCUCUCCUAGCUCCACUUAUACCUGAAGAGGUGAAGGAAGCAGAAGAGAUAUGGAGGAAGAAGGUGCUUGGCCAGGUGGAAGAGGGGCCUGACAGCAGGCAGGAUGUGGAGGGAGAAGGGGGCCACUGCCUUGGAUCACCUUUUCCUGAAGACAUGGAGUCUCAUUCCCUGGGAACCCGGGGCAGUAGGACACAAUCAGUGGAAAGCUCAGAUGCAGAGGAAGAGGAAGCUGAGGAAGACACUAUGGAGCUAGAGCUGGCACUGGAGAGGAAAAAGGCUGAGUUGCGUGCCCUGGAGGAGGGUGAUGGCAGUGCAGAGGGCUGCUCCAGUCCCUGUUCUGAGAACAGUCAGGAUGGUGCCCGGGGCCCGCUAUUGAAGAAGUCCAAGUGGAAGACUGCCUUCUUGCAUGCUCCCAGCCCAGAGUCGAACAGCUGGGGCUCAGAGAAGGCUGGCAGGGAUGACAUGGAGACCCCAGACCCAGUGCAUUCCAAGGCCAUUGAGAAUCCAGCAGACGAGCCUCUUACAGAGACUGAGGCACUUGGAGAUAAGACCAAACUCAGAACUGCCCCAAAGGAGGAUGAAGAAACUGCUGACCUCAAGUUCCAGAUUGGGGAGCUUGCCAACACUUUGACCAGUAAGAUGGAGUUCUUGGGAAUUAACAAAAAGGCGAUCUCCAACUUCCAACUUCUGUUGUUACAGACUGAGACUCGAAUUGCAGACUGGCGGGAAGGUGCACUGAAUGGGAACUAUCUUCGCCGCAGACUACAGGAAGCUGCAGAACACAUUAAACAUUACGAACUUAACGCCACCCCUAAAGGCUGGUCCUGCCACUGGGACAGAGAACACAGGCGGUAUUUCUAUGUGAACGACCGGACCAAUGCCUCCCAGUGGGACUUUCCAGCCCAAGAAGAGGAAAAGGGUUGCCCCACCCCUCAGCUCAGUUCUGCCAGCCAGAGAGAGGCCAAGCCACCAUCAGACCCACCUUCUAUGCUCACAGCCCCCCCCGCCUAUCUUUCCCCAGCACAAACAGGGCUGUCAUCUUACUGGAAUCUGUCCCAACCUCCCCUCCCUCCCAAUGAUCCCCCUCCCCCUUUAGAAUAUCCACCUCCACCUCCACUACCUCCCGAGUCCCCACCUCCACCUCCUCCCCCUCCACUUAGUGAUGAAGGCGAGAUCGAGGAGGUUGAAAUGGAGGAUGAGGAAGGGGAACCACCGGCCCCAGGAACUGAGGAAGAUGGCAACCGUAAUUCUCACCUGAUUCCUGGCACAGCUAGCAAUAAGGUAUGCGAGUCAGCAUCUUCCCCUGGGGCAUCAGUGAAGACCCUGAAGCGCAAGGCAGUCAAUUCUGGUCAACUGCAUAAGAAUGUUACUAUUGGCAGCAAUGCCAUCCUGUAUAGUCAUUCCACCUCCACAGCCACUUCUGCUGCCCCAGUGUCUGCACCUGCAUACUGGAGUCUUUCUGCCAUACCCCCAUCCCUCCCCUCGGUUGAAACGACAGCCUCCCUUGUCCCAGCACCCACAAUCCUGCCCCCACCACCAGCUGUCCUGCCAUCUGGGACCACUGAUCAAUUGGCAGGGAAAACACUCUCUUUGGAUAAGACCAAGAAGCUGAGGAAGGAAAAGCAGGCAAAGAAAAGCAAGACAAAGAUGCCAUCCCUUGUGAAGAAGUGGCAGAGUAUUCAGCGGGAGCUAGAUGAGGAAGAGAAAUCGAGCUCCAGUGAUGAAGACAGGGACCAGUUCAACAGCAGGCGCAUCGAGGAGUGGAAACAGCAGCAAUUUGUCACUGGAAAGGCGGGUAAAAAUGCUAAUUUCGAGGCUCUGCCAGAGGAUUGGAGAGAGCGACUACUGAAGAAGCGGAAAUUAACACAAACCAUAUAAUGGCUAUGUGCUCUGCUUGCCCCCUCCAACAUUCUUUACCUUGGUUUCAAAAAUGCUUAAAUUGACAAAUCUGUAAUCAGACAGUGAGCUAUGCACCAAAGUUCACAGCUUGUCAUAUUGCAAUACAUGUUCAUUACCCAUCAUAUUGCAAUGGUGUACAGUAUGCUGUGGAUAUGUGGUUCAGUCCUGCAGUAUUUUUUAACCUGUGCAAAAUAAUGUUCUGUUACCUAGAGCUGUGAUCAAGAACUUGCAGAUGAAUAAUUUUUAACAACAUACCAAUAAGCCAGAAAAAUUCUCUUGGGUACCUCUGAAUUUCAAAGUCAUCUUAUUUAAAUUCUGUGUCAGAGAUUUUCUACAAGCAUGCCCAAAGUAUACUUAUACUUAACCUAAGUUGAUUGUAAUAUAAUUUUGAGCUCAAAGAUGCACAUUUUAGUAAUCAAGUUUGAAGUCAUAAAAUCAACUUCUCAAGUAAUUUAUUUUUCCCUAGGUAAAUCUGAAUGUGUGUCCAUACUGAGAUUUAUUUCCAGGGUGUUACUUUUGGAAUGAAUGCAUUAAACUAUACUAUCCUGGAUUGUUUUGUUUUGUUUUUUUUUCCUUUAAAAUGUGAUGUCCUUAGCCUUUUCCCAAAGCUUGAUUAAAUCUGUCCAAAAGGUGUUAAAAAUGUGCCAAUUUGUUUAACAUGACAG